AUCAGAAUCAUCACUUUAAAAAUAGUGGUUCACUGAAUAUAUAAGAGGUGGCUCUGGCUGUAGUAAGCAAGUCAAAAGCAACUCUGCAGCUAUAUAGAUAUAUACAGCAGCAAAAUAUCCAAGUUUUAAUAGAUCUACACUAUCUGUCAACUACCACAGCAAUGAAGAUGAAUCAACCAAGAUGCCACUCUAUGGUGGGACUACUGCUGCUCCAAGCUGUCCUCCUAACCACCAGUUAUGCUUCUCCUCUACCUCAUGCAGCUGAUGAAACAAUUGUGAAACGACAAACCCAGGCACUCUGUUAUCCUACCUCAAGAUCACUCUGUAACCACACCUUUGCUACUAGCAGAUUCUACGAUCACUGCAUCGAGCAAUUAUUUCCCUGUGACACGGAAGGUUUCGCAAUGAAGUAUGCCAAAAAGAGGGCAGAACUUCUCGAGAAAGAACUCCAAGUUUCUCCAGAACUGAAAACAUACUUGGAGAAGACUGAAUUGUGCUUUCAGAAAAAUUUCCGAGCUCUUGUGGAAUCGAAAUCAAAAGUAUACCCCAAUGAUGAAACCUGCCUUGAGCUUGAAACUGAAGCUGUGUCAAUAUUGAACAAUUGCUAUAGACAACCCGAAUUGUGCUCUCUGCUCUCAGACAAUGAAGAUAUUUAUGACCAAAUCCAUUCUGUAGUCAAAGCAUUUCGCAUCGGUGCCGACUAUCACAAUGACACUCUUGUCAACAUGGGACUACCAAAUGCCAUUUUGGAAUCAUGCUCCAACCAUACAGAGCUGGCCAAGUCCCUCACCUCUUCGGAGCUGCCUGUGCGAGUCAUCCUCUGUGCUGCAUCGUACGACAGACGUAAUGGCGGUGGUUCUGCUUUCAAUGGAGCUGGCUACAUUGAGAAGUUGAGCCAAGUUAUGAACCGAUCUUCCGACCAAUUCACUUAUUUUGGAAAAGAUGCCGAUACCUAUUGGUGUAGUACUGUGAAUCCUAUACAUGCCCAAUCUCAAGUUCUUGAUUACUUUGUCAUUGCUUGGUUUGCUAGCCCCAGCGACCCUCUCCUCUCUCGAGCUUAUAACCAUCUAUUUAGCGAGGAAAGAAAAUCGUACAUGAUUGACGAAGGAAUCUAUUUCUUGCAAUUCCACGAGACACGAGAGGAACGAAGAGAACCCUCGCAAUGCGGAGAUGGAAUCAGACAAAUUGGAGAAGAUUGCGACCCUAAGAGCAAUAUUGAAAGUGGCUGCCUUCGCAAUUGCACCGUUCACCGUGACUACACAUGCAAUACUGACGCUCUGUCCCCUUCUGUAUGCCAGCUUCGAGAGGCACCUAGACUGGAACGUGUGCCAUGCCCUGCUCCUAUUCGCAGACGAUCUAAAACCACUCAUUCUAGACUCACUGUUUCGUUCAACAACACUUACUUAGAGGAUACUCUACCAAUCGAAGACGCUCAAUUUCUAAGUGCCUCAUCGGCUGAUUCAUCACUAAGAACAUUGAACGUGCCUCUUUUGAUUCUGAUUGCACUGAUUGGAUUGUGCUGGUCAUGAAAAAUAUGUGAGAUUUUUUGAACCCCUCUUCUUCUGACAAGAAUCAUGUACAUAACAAUCUCAGUUUGGCAGGUAGAGCAUUAAUCACUCUUUUUAUCAUCAUAAUUUAAUAUAGAAUAAUAAUACAAAACUGACAAUGAAUAUUUUUCCCCAUGUGAUUUCACUACUAUUCAUCAGCAUAAUUAAUGCACCCAUCCUCUUAUUAUAAUUAUGACAUGUGAGAAAUGUAUUCAAAUUUGCUAUUUAUUGUAAGAAAUUAUUAUUGAAAUAUUGAUAUUUAUUUUUAACGUGA